UGAAAAUCCAUAAAACAACGCAGAGAAGAGACGCAUAAAAGUUGCUGAACCAGAGUCACCAAACCUAUCUAAAAGACCCAUGAUGUGGACUGUUGAUGUUGGAGAUAGGAAGCGGAUGUAAAAGACAGGGGCGAUAACUCUAAAUUCUUGGAAAAAUAAACAAUGGAACCAGCUUUAAAAUUCGAGAAUCCCAGAUCAAAUAGUUGUAUUUCAGAUAGUAGUGGCAGUGGAGAAGAAGUGGACCAUGGAUUAGAAGAACUGACCAUCAUCACUAAUCUUCCAGAAUCUCCAUUGAAAGGACCAAAAUCACCACUUAAAGGACCAAAAUCACCAACAAAGUCAGGAAUAAAUAAAAAAAUAUCGUUCUCUGCAUCAUCUAAAUCUCAUCGUGUUUAUCAGUCAGGGUUAAGAACUUUAUAUACAUCUGGUAGACCUCCAUGGUAUGAUUCACAUGGAUCAUUGAAGGAACCAUUUGUUAUAGGUGUAUGUGGUGGCAGUGCCUCUGGUAAAACCACUGUGGCCAGGAAGAUAAUAGAAGCUUUAGAUGUUCCAUGGGUCAGUUUAUUGAGUUUGGACUCAUUCUACAAAGUAUUAAAUGAAGAAAUGCAUGAGACAGCAAAUAGAAAUGAAUACAACUUUGAUCAUCCUGAUGCCUUUGAUUUUGAUUUAUUGAUAGCCACACUACGCAGAUUAAAAGAAGGCAAAAGUGUUGAAGUUCCUAUUUAUAACUUCAUCACACACAGUAGAGAUCAAAGUACAAGAACAAUAUAUGGUGCCAAUGUUGUAAUAUUUGAAGGUAUAAUGAGCUUUGUGAAUAAAGAAUUAUUGGAUUUAAUGGACAUGAAGAUAUUUGUAGAUACAGAUUCUGAUGUACGGCUGGCACGACGAUUGAAACGUGACAUAGCAGAACGAGGAAGAGAACUAGAGGGUGUUCUCAAACAGUAUAAUACAUUUGUCAAGCCAGCCUUUGAUCAUUGGAUUUCUCCUACUAUGUCAAGUGCAGAUAUAAUUGUACCCAGAGGAGGAGAGAAUCUUGUUGCCAUCCAGUUGGUUGUGUUACAUGUCCAUGGUCAGUUACAAAAGAGAGGUUUCAAGUUGAGAUCCAAACUGGCACAUUCGGCAGACAAUGGUUGUAAGAAACCUGACACUCUGAAAGUAUUAGAACAAACCCCACAGAUUCAGGGACUACAUACAUUUGUAAGGAAUAGAGAGACUGCAAGAGAUGAAUUCAUAUUUUAUUCCAAAAGGUUGAUGAGGUUGUUGUUUGAGUAUGCUGUUUCUUUAUUACCAUUUAAAACUGUUAGUGUAGAUACCCCACAAGGAACCUCAUAUCAAGGGAGACGAUUAGAUGCUGACAAGAACUCUAGUCCAAUGAUCUGUGGAGUAUCAAUCCUGAGAGCUGGAGAAACAAUGGAACAAGCCUUAUGUGAAGUUUGUAAAGAUGUCCGUCUUGGUAAAAUACUCAUACAGACAAACUUUGACACAGGAGAACCAGAGUUGCAUUACCUGAGGUUACCAAAGGACAUAAAGGAAAGUCAGGUAAUUUUAAUGGAUGCCACUGUGGCCACAGGAGCAGCCGCCAUGAUGGCUAUACGUGUUCUACUGGAUCAUGAUGUACCAGAGGACAAUAUUACUUUGACAUCUUUAUUGAUGGCAGAAUCUGGUGUUCACUCAGUUGCCUAUGCCUUUCCUAAGGUUAAGAUUGUCACUACAGCUGUUGAUAAAGAAGUGAAUGAAAAAUUCCACAUUUUGCCAGGAAUAGGGAACUUUGGAGACAGAUAUUUUGGAACUGAUUUUGAGAAGCUUGUACCCAUUGACAGAACUCCGAUGACAAGAUGUUAUUCAGAACCUGGAUGUCGUGAUGUAGAACAAGCAGAAUAAGAAAGAGAAGAUUAUACAAAAUAAAUCAUUCCUGUUGACAUACAUUUCAGGAUUGCUGGGUUUUACUAUUUUAUUGGUUGUCUCAAGUCCUUGUAUGUUUAUACACUGGUUGCUUAACUUGGCAUUAUCAAACUAUUUUCUCAGUCAGUUUAUUUUAGAUUCUAUUAAUGAAGAGGUUCUAUAUGCAUUAUUAGUUUCAAAAUACACAAUUGUUAAACUGCUACCUAAUUUUUGCUCAUACUGCAUAAAGUUUGUCUGUUCUAAAUUGGAGUUAUUAGUGGGAAAGGUUAAACAAAUUGUUAUUUGGAUGGAGAGUUGUCUCAUUGGCACUCACACCACAUCUUCCUAUAUCUAUUCAUAUAAUGCUGCAAUUUUUGUUUUUUGAACAUUUGGGUACCUUAAAUAUCCUGGUGCAUAUGGUCAUUUACCUAUUUAACACCUUUUAUUUCUUUUAUUAUAGGACUGGUAUUUUUUUUCUGUAACAUUUCCUUCAUUUACAAUUUCAGUCAUAAUUAAGAUAAUUCUACCAGUUAAGUAGAUUUCUACCAUCCUUUCCCUACAUUUAUAUGAUUAAUUGCACCAGUUAAAAAUGCAAGAAAUGAUUUGAUGUGACAAGUAAUGUGAAUAUGUAAUGUGUAUAUCAUCAAAUCAGAAAAUACUCUCCACAUGAACAAAAAAUUUAACAUGUCACAUAAAGUAAUAUGAUCUAUGAAAUUUAUUAUUUUUUACCUCAUGGAGUCCAUGCCCAUGUCUGCAGCCAGUUCAAAGAAGCUUAAAGGCAUAUAGCCUGACUUUAAGGGCUAUAGAUGCUGGUUUGAACAUAAUUAAUAAAAUAUUUAGUUACUAUCCACCAGAGACUAUGUGAAGUAGAUGUAAGUACUAUAGGUUGCAUUUUCAUAUAACAAAUGCCUUUGAUUACUUGCGAUAAUGAUAUAAUAAUGAUAAAUUUGUGAAUAUCAUUUUUAAACUAUAUUGACAUUAGUGCUAAAUUAGUGGGUACUUGGUACAUGUAGCCAAAAGGUAUGUUACCAUGGCAUUUAUUUAACACUAACUUAUAUAAAGUUUUACAUCACUUACUUAGUUACAAAAUGUGUGAAAAUGGAUCUUGGAGAGGUUACAAUCACACAACUUACUAUGAUCUAAAUUUUUCUUAACUUAACUUAUGUUUUAGUUCGAAUCUCUAAUACAAUGUGAUGUAUUUUAAAUGAUUUGAUGUAAUUAAGAUGCAUUUUAAGGAGUAUAGCAACAACCCUCAAAAGAAGACGGUGGCGGAUCCAGAACUUUUCCUAAGGGGGGACCCGCUCCAGUCAUGCUUUAGUGAUUCCCUAUAUAAUCAACCAAAUUUUUCCCACAAAAGGGGGUCCCCCCCCUGGAUCCACCUAUGGAAGAAGAUAACUUUGUCUUUUAUUUUGCUCAUUCCUGAUUUAUAAUUAGUUCAGUUUAUAAACACUUAUUUAUUUACAUUUUAGUCCUUUUUAUGUUGAAGUAAAAUUAUUUAAACUUAGUAAAAGUAGAUUACCUUUGUUUUAAAAAGAUGCCAAGCAUUAUAUUUGUUAUAUGUAACAUUAACAAUUAAUGUUAUUUUGUUUUAUCAUGUUCUAUUCAGAAUAAGAUUUCUACAUUUUAAUAGUACCAUUAUGUAGUAUAUGAGCCCCAUGCAUGCUCUAAUGACUAAUUUUCAAUUUGUUCCAUUAUCUUUCUAGUGGAUUAUUCUAUAAAAAAAAACUUUUAUCUCUGAUAUGCAUUAAAUGUAAGCAAUUGCAUCCAUGCAGACCAUGGCAUAUAUAUUUUAUAGCUCAUUUGUUCUAGCAUUGUUUUAUCAAAAUGACUACGUGGAAAAGAACUAUAAAUAAAUGGAAGAUUUUGUAUAUAUUUACAUUUUAAUACUAGGUAUAUUAAAAGAAUGUCAGACCAUUUAAUUGGAUCAAUACUUUUUUGUUUACAUGAAUUUAUUGUAUAAUUGUUGUGUGUAUGGGGUUUUUUGGUUUGUCUUUUUGUGGAAGAGGGAUGUGUUCACAUGUAUUCCCUAUCAUCUGUUCCUCCUGAUUUUAAGGGGUACUUUGUAAGAAGAAGAUCAUUUCAAUUAUUUUCAUACAAUGAUACCUCUUAACUGGUUUAAGAUUAUUAUUUAUGUCAAUAAGAUUAUCCUUCAUCAUUAGUAAAGAUAUAUGACAAAUAUCUCAACGUAGAAGAAACCAGAAAUAAAAAAAAUCUUACUGUUAUUCCCAUUAUCUGACCUAUUAUAAAAUGAAAAAUUGUAGAAUCUCUUCACGUUCAUGUGCAUAUCACUUGUAGGUUGUGCUCUUAAGCUAUCUCUCAAUGUUCUUAAACUAAUUUUGUGUUGAUGGCAGUUGAACAGUAAUCGCUGUCAAAUAAUUCACAUGUCCUCAAUAUGAUAAGCAGAGAUUCAUCACCAAAAAAAAUCAUUUGAUUUUUAUGCUCUUAAAUUUUGUACAGCAUGUAUCAUUUUUCAUGGAAAAUUUAUUGUUCCCAAUCAUUUUUAAUAUUGAAUUAAGGAUAUUAUUGAAAAAGUGUGAGGCUUUAAUCUCAGUUAUAACAAUCAGUCAUUCACUCUUGUUUAAUUUGCAAUAGUGAAUGUAAAUUGGUUUACAAUUGUAGGUAUCAGUUGAAUAUAGCAAUAUAACAAUAAUUUGAAUCAUGACUGUUAAACAUAUGAUUAUGGGUUUUCAAAAAUACCAUGAAAGUGCAUGUCAUAUUUUAUUUUCCAAAUAUUUUUAUUGUCAGAGACAAUAUCACAAUUUCUUACAGCAGUGUUUGUUAUAAUUCAAUGUUUUGAUAUAAUUUUGCUAAGUAACAUGAACCUCAGAACAGAUAUGUAAUCAUCUUAGUAUAAAAAAAAAGAAUUUAAUAAAUACAGAUUGUGAGUGUAUGUGUUUGUUAAGCUGAAGAUUAUAGUGUGCUUUACUUAUAUCCUUCUGGAGUUGAGGAAAGCUUUGCUUAUAUGUAUCCUUCUAGUGGUCCAGAAAGCUUAGCUUAUUUGUAUUCUUUUUGGGGUGAGGGAAGCUUAGAACUGACAAAGAAUUUUAAUUUAAUCUUAGGCACAUGUAACCCAAGUUUUAUCUGAAUUAAACCUUUUUUUACUAAUGGAAAGGAUAGUGUCAUAUUAAAAUAUAUGAAACGUGUUGCUUUCUUUUCAAAUUAUUUGGAAAACAAUCCAUGUAUUUAAUGAUUGAGUGUAUGGUCCUGUAUUAAAAAACUAUUAAUAAUACUCUUACUGUUGAAUUUAGAACAAAACAGGCCUUAUUGUGUUUAAAGUCUUAGGUUUAGUAUCAAACAUUGUUUAGUAUUUAUAAGAAAUCUGAGGAAAAGGUUUGCUAAAAGUCAUCGUACCUCUAACCCACUUUUUAGAUAUCUACACUUCAUAUCUGUCUCAAUAUACAAAGUCAAAUAGGGUGUAUUUUGUCAUUAAUUUUAAGAGAUGUUGCUAUAUUGACAUCUUUGC